AUGUCGUUUUUCGGAUUUGAUGCGACGCUUCCGGAUGGGCGCCCACCGCCGCUGGCGUCGAGGGGUAUUUUUGAAACCCCAGAUCCUUUCGCUGAAGUCGCCCGCGCCACCGCCCAUGGAGACGACGUCAUAGAUUUUGAAGAUACUUAUGACGGACUGGGAGAUCGGCUUGACGACGCCCAGGAUGCUUUCAACGAUGACACCUUCGGCGCCGCUGCCGGCGAUGAGGGAGCGCCUGUGGGAAAAGAUUUUGACUUUUUUGGCAACACAGCUCAAAUGACAAACGUCCUUGGUGAAGAGCAAGUCAUAUACAACCUGAAGCACCAUACAGAACAGCCCGUAUCGUUCACGAAGGCUGCCGAGCCCUCAAAGCCCAAAAGAACGGGAUAUGAACCAUAUCAGGAUCCUGGAUAUAUCCCGGAGAUUCAAGCAAAAUCAAGCGUAUGGGGUACUGGGAUUACGCAAAAGCAAAGGCCAGUCGACCAAACAAAAGGGGCCGCCCCAGCGAGGAAGGUGAUGAGCCUGGAAGAAGUUGAAGCUCAAAUGCGUGCCCAAACCCACAAAUCGGAACCGAAGGCAGAGCAGCCUUCUGCUUUGCCAAUUCCCUCUGCAAUUCCUCCUCCAAUUCCUCCCAAUAUACGAUAUCAUGACCAGCCCUUUCCACCGCCUGAGGCUUUUCACCAUCUCCCUCACAAGGACUUUGCCCCCUUGGAUCAACGUCAACACCACCCACCUGUUCGGGAUGCGCACUUGCCGCAAAAUUUCCAGCAAGCCCCGCCUCGGCCCUUUCCAGAGCCGCCUUUGAUACCAAAUGUUCCCCCUCAAAUGCUGCAUCACAACCGUCCACCGAAUAUUCCACCCCACAUACCAAUUGGGCCUCAAAUUCAGAACCACUUCCCCCAGCUCCAACCACCUCUUCCUGCACCUCCUUCUUCUCUUGCUACUGCCCAUCUUCAAUUCCCGAAGCUGUCGGAGGAACAGCGUAAUGCGCUGUUGGCAGAGGACGCGAAACGUGCUAAACGAAAUCAUAAAAUCCAUCUUUUGUCCAAAGGGAAUGGCCUCAUGACCCCACAAGAUAAGAACUUUAUUACCCGGAUACAGCUACAACAGCUUGUGUCAGCAAGUGGGAAUACGGAAGAAUCGGAUGCUGACGUUCUUUUGUCAGAGGAUUUCUACUACCAGGUGUAUAGCCAGAUUCGUGGCGCUCCGCGACAGCAUCCCCGACAGCCUCUGGGUCAUUUUGCUCAAACCUACCUUUUUCAAACUGGAAACCGAACUGGGGGUAUGGGCCGCCGGCAAUACCAGAAUGCGGAUAACCACAUGCAACGGAUGCAGCAACAAGUGCAACGUGCAGUCGAAGCGGCAAAGUUGAGGCCAAAGAACAAGCAGCUGAUAAUCGAGGGAAGUUUAGGGAAAAUCUCGUUUAGCAAUGCGAAAACACCAAGGACAUUGCUUAACAUCAAACGUCCAGACAGCGCCGACGGCCAAAAGCCUGCAAAUGCUAAGAAGGACACCCAAACCCGCCUGAGCCCCAGCGAUCGGAAAUCGAUUCUAAAUAAUAUUGAAAAGGCAUAUGAUACCUUGAUGAGAAUGGAAGAUCAUGAACGAAAAAUGCCGCCACCACCGGAUGCCGAAGACGCAGAGGCAGUAGAAAAACACAUGGAAUGGAGGAAAAGGAUGGGCGAUCUGAACCGAAAGCUUUGGGUUGACAUGAAAGUCCACGAACCAAUUUUCCCCGGAUCUCAAACACCCCACCCUUUUAUCGCACUCUUGUCAUACCCGAAAGGAAAGAAAGUCAUCCCCCGUAUUUUCCGUCACAUGGAGCAAGAACAGCGUGUCACAAUUUUGACGAUGAUUAUUGUGCACCUAGAUGUUUUAGAUGUCGUUCAACGAGCACAACUGCAGCCCGGAGAAACUCAGCCUCCUGGCCCCGUCCGUGAAGAAAUUGAUUUGUUUUCACAGACCGUGAUGCCAAGCUUACUGGGAUACGUCAAUGAGGCACCCUUAAAGAUCAUCAUUGGUCUUCUUGGCCUUGUCAUUUACCGGACAAAUAUUCACGCGGUUUCUCGAACACGGGUUGGACUUGGUGUUCUGACAAUGCUACUAAGCCGUGCUGAGUUAGUCAAAGAGGCAGGGACUGUCGAUAAUGAAGAGUGGCAACAAUGGACAGACCUCUAUAACCAACUCUUUGACCGCCUCGAACCAAUUUUGAGUGAUAUUUUUCCUGGAAGCAUCAACAGCGGUGAUGACAUGUAUGUGUGGCAAUUUCUUGCCGCCGUUGGUCUUGGGGCUAGUCCGGAACAACAACAACGGCUGGUCAUUGCUGUAAAAAACCGAGUAUUAGAAACUGUUGCACAGAGUAAGACUCUGCCCGCUGACAUGGCAAGCCAGCGACUUGGAAAUGUUAAUUUGUUUAUGCGUGCAAUCGGCCUUGACGUCGAACUAUUGGGCUAA